UAUCUGCCUUUUAGACGAAUAUCUCUCCCUUCACUGCCUCCGAGCCAGAGCAUUCAACAUUCUCCUCUGCGCCGUCAAACCACCCAGCCCCUGCAGCCUCAGAGAUCAAGUAUCGCUAGUUUCGAUUCUUUCCCCGCCAUAGAGGAGAGAGAACGUCGGGAAAGUAACUCUACGGCAAGAAAUCAUCUGACGGACUCAAGGCCUCCUUCGAUUUCACCAAUGCGUCGAAAAUCUCGGGGUCUUUCAGUCUUACCACUUGACGAUCCUCUGCUGGUGAAGAGAAGAAAGGUGAUGAUAGAGUUCUACGAAACUGAAAAGGCCUACGUCGAAGGAUUGGAUUUAAUUUACGAGCACUUUCUCCUUCCCAUCCUCAACUCCCUUGACAGACCUACGCCUAUCCUCGAGAGACCGCUACUUACUGCUGUAUUUAGCAAUUUCGUCGAUAUCUGGAAUCUUCAUCACUCCUUCUAUAGCGAACUUACAAGAUUAUUCUAUGCGUCGGAACCGAAACUAUUCCCUUCUUCUCCGCCCCCUCUUUCUCCUGUCCUCCUCACUCACUUUCCCUACCUUUCGCUCUACACACCGUUCAUUACUGCGUUCCCACAAAUAUUAUCCGCUCUCAAUACUCUGCUAACACCUACUCACUACUAUCGACAGCGAGCUCAAGCGCAAACCCAUUUUGUAGCAACACAAGAAAAGCAUCCACGCUGUGGAAAGUUGCAACUGAGGGAUUGGCUAUUGACUAUCGUGCAGAGAUGUCCAAGAUAUUUACUGUUGCUGCGUGAUCUGCUGAGUUGCACACCGGGAGAGGCCCCAUUGCCAGAGGAGGGAAAGGAAGGCCUCCUGUCAAUAUCUUUUACAGUAACAAAUUCGCUCAACACUUCCAUAUGGUCACACUCUCAAACUCUUGCCCUACUCGCCCUUCAACGCUCUACGCCCAACCUUCCCUUAGAUGAAUUCCAGUUCAUCUCCCCCGGACGAAUUUUGCUUAAACGGGGAACACUCUUGCAGGUUGAAAAUCCUGACGCUAGAGUAAGACGAGGGGAGAGCAAAGAUGGCGACAUGCGUCCUCGCGAAAGAGAAUUCCUUCUCUUCUCAGAUUGUCUUGUCUGGCUCGCAAACGAGGAGGCAGAAAAGAAAGAGAAGGAGUGGAAUUUUGAACUUGAUUUGGGUUCCAUUUGGAGCUCAUUUAUGGGUAGUGGCACAUCUUCGACAAGGAGCAAGAGUGAGGCAGAACUUCCCGCUCUACAAGGAAAAGCUGCAGUUCCGUCGACGUCACACGAUAGCCCACCCUCUUCUGCUCAAACCCAAUCUGCCUUAGCUGACAGUUCUACCUCUCCUGGAUACGGUGGUAUGGAUCAAGACCAGUGGUUAUAUAAGGGCAGAAUUGAAUUGGUUAACCUGGAGAUUGUGGUCGAUACUAGUUUUACUGUUGAGGACGAGCUUGAGGAGCUAGGCUCUGAUACACUCAACGAGAUCAAAUGGAGGUGGGAAGUUUUGAGUCCUGAAGGAAGUUUUGUCUUAUAUGCUGCUUCAGUUCAAGAGCGCACGGAAUGGACUACCCUUAUCCGAAAAGCCAAGUCUCAACAGCUUGUUGCAUUAAAUGCUCAACAUCCCAAUUCGACUCUGACUUCGAGCGAAGCGACGCAACACAUCCGUCGCGCUCUGCAGGCAUUGCCAUUUGCUCCGAAUGACGGCAAAGAACGGCUGAAUUCUUCGAAGAAACAUAGAAAAUCUAGGUCGAAAGACCAAAAGGUUUCCAAUCCUGAUUGGCACAAGGAACGUAGGUUAAAAGUCGAGCAUUGGGUUCCGGCGAUCUGGAUUCCCGAUGAAAAGGCAGAGGGAUGCAUGCGCUGUGGAAGGAUAUUCGGAUGGAGGAGAAGGAGACACCAUUGCCGACUUUGUGGGCGAUGUACCUUCUAUAUCACAGAUCCUAACAUAAAUGAUGACGAUGCAUUUAGCAAGUCCGCUCGAGCGUGUAAUGCUUGUUAUGAAUCUGUCUUCCCAUUGAUUGACCACCAUUCUGAUCCGGAAAACAAGGCAGACGAUUCCACCGUCCACACCAUAACUUCACUCUCUCAUCUGCCUUCGUGGAUGACUAUGUCCGUACCUUCCCUUGCAUUAUCCUCGAGCUCCAAUAAUAUUGGAGGCGGUGCAAGGAUUAAGAGCAAAGGCAAGGAACUUUCAGGACCAGAGGCUCUGAUGGCUAUCGACAGCAAACGAUAUGGCUAUGAUCUCGAAGCACGGAGGCAGUCUGACAACUUAGGGGAAAAUCGGUCGCGUAGAGAUAGUGGUGUCGUGUUCGAUUUGGAUAGCUCGACAGAUGAUAUCGCAAGUCUCCUUUAUAAUGCAUCAUUAGCAGAACGUAGAGAAGAUACUGUACGCCGGAAUAAGCGGUUCUCUAUGCCUGCAGUCGCCCUUCAGACAACGAGCGUCGUUGCACGAACGCAGAGCAUGUCACCGGAAACAUCAGGGAUGGUUUCACGCGAAAAGAGCGUUGCUUUCGUGGACAGUGGUUCUCCUCUAGGCAGAGACCAAGAUGGGAAACGAGUCACUGGAAACAAAAUUGGUGAUCUUCUUCCUGGAAUGUCUGGCACACGCUCGAAGAGGUUUUCCUUGGUUCUAGGAGGGCGUCUUGGACACUCGACUGGUAUUCACACUGGUGGUCGCAAUGACCAUGCAUCUCCAAGCAGUCGACGCAAAGGCGGGGGUGACGCCAAAAAAACACAGGAAGGGUCAGAUCUAGGGAAGGGAGUGGCGGCGAGUAGACUAAAUGAACUUUUAGGAAGAUCCAAACAUAGCGAAUGA